AUGGACGAUACGCACCCAAGGCGAAAGAGAUAUGCUCUCAUCGGUACUGGUGGACGCUCGAGCUUUUUCUACUCGGCAAUUGCAACAUCCUACAAAGAGACCUCUCAGAUCGUAGCAUUCUGCGACACAAAUCAGACUCGGCUCGACUUUGCCAACGAACAGCUACAUUCUUUUGGUCACGCCAAAGUUCAAACAUACAAGGCGAAGGAUUUCGAUCGCAUGAUCGAGGAGGCCAGACCAGAUGAAGUGAUCGUGACCACCAUCGAUCGCACACACAACAUCUACAUUGUACGAGCGCUCGAACUUGGCUGCAACGUGGUCACAGAGAAGCCCAUGACCAUCGAUGUGCCACGGUGUCGGGAGAUCUUCGAUGCUGUGGAGCGAACUGGCAACAAGGUCCGUGUGACCUUCAAUUACCGAUACGCGCCACACAACACGAAAGUCUGGGAACUUCUACGUUCAGGAGAGAUCGGAACAGUAACAAGCGUCCACUUUGAAUGGAUGCUCAAUACAUCGCAUGGUGCUGACUACUUCCGACGCUGGCACCGCGACAAGCGAAAUGCUGGAGGGUUGCUGGUUCACAAGUCAACGCAUCACUUUGACCUCGUGAACUUCUGGCUCAACUCGCGACCUGAGACUGUAUAUGCAUUAGGCGACCUAAAAUUCUACGGUCGAGAAAAUGCGGAAAAGCGUGGUGUGACCGAGUUUUACAACAGAGCACAUGGCAGCGAAGUAGCAAGAUCGGACCCCUUCGCGCUACACAUGGAAAUGAAUGGUAAGCUGAAGAAGAUGUAUCUUGAUGCAGAACACGAGGACAGCUAUUACCGAGAUCAGAGCGUGUUCGGCGACGGCAUCAGCAUUGAGGAUACCAUGAACGUCAUGGUGCGCUAUCAGAACAGCGCAGUGCUAACAUAUUCGCUCACUGCGUACGCGCCAUGGGAAGGGUUUCGCGUAUCUUUCAACGGCACAGGUGGACGUUUAGAGAUGGAAGUCGUCGAAAACAGUUACGUCAACAGCGGUGGUGAUCAAUCGCUUGAAGGCUCACUUGAGACUCGAUCGAUUACUUUGAGGAAACUGUUCCAAAAGCCAGUUGAUGUCGAGAUUCCCACCAGUGUAGGGGCACAUGGCGGAGGCGAUGAGGUCUUACUUGCGGAUCUUUUUGGCGAACACGGUGCUGAGAUUAAUCAAGACAUGAGGGCUGCUACUCACGUAGACGGGGCGUUGUCUAUACUAACAGGUAUUUGCGCUAACAAAUCAAUUGCAAGUGGACAGGUUAUUAAUGUCUCUGAUGUAUUUACGUUCUAG